GAGCGGCCGGCGGCCGGGGCUCGCCCCCGCCCCUCCCUCCUCUCCGGCGGCGGCGGCGGCGGCGGCGGCGGCGGCGGCGGCGGGCGGAGUGAGCUGCGGAGCCUGGAAUAUGGUUGGGGAAAUGGAAACGAAGGAGAAGCCGAAGCCCACCCCAGAUUACCUGAUGCAGCUGAUGAACGACAAGAAGCUCAUGAGCAGCCUGCCCAACUUCUGCGGGAUCUUCAACCACCUCGAGCGGCUGCUGGACGAAGAAAUUAGCAGAGUACGGAAAGACAUGUACAAUGACACAUUAAAUGGCAGUACAGAGAAAAGGAGUGCAGAAUUGCCUGAUGCUGUGGGACCUAUUGUUCAGUUACAAGAGAAACUUUAUGUGCCUGUAAAAGAAUACCCAGAUUUUAAUUUUGUUGGGAGAAUCCUUGGACCUAGAGGACUUACAGCUAAGCAACUUGAAGCAGAAACAGGAUGUAAAAUAAUGGUCCGAGGCAAAGGCUCAAUGAGGGAUAAAAAGAAGGAGGAGCAAAAUAGAGGCAAACCCAAUUGGGAGCAUCUAAAUGAAGACUUACAUGUUCUAAUCACUGUGGAAGAUGCUCAGAACAGAGCAGAAAUCAAGCUGAAGAGAGCAGUCGAGGAAGUGAAGAAAUUAUUGGUACCUGCAGCUGAAGGAGAAGACAGCCUGAAGAAGAUGCAGCUGAUGGAGCUUGCGAUUCUGAAUGGCACCUACAGAGAUGCCAACAUUAAAUCACCAGCCCUUGCCUUUUCUCUUGCAGCGACAGCCCAGGCUGCCCCAAGGAUCAUUACUGGGCCUGCGCCUGUUCUCCCACCAGCUGCCCUGCGUACUCCUACGCCAGCUGGCCCUACCAUAAUGCCUUUGAUCAGACAAAUACAGACCGCUGUCAUGCCAAACGGAACUCCUCACCCAACUGCUGCAAUAGUUCCUCCAGGGCCCGAAGCUGGUUUAAUCUACACACCCUAUGAAUACCCCUACACGUUGGCACCAGCUACAUCAAUCCUUGAGUAUCCUAUUGAACCUAGUGGUGUAUUAGGUAUGGCUUUCCCAACGAAAGGCUAAGAAUUCAAGAACGGUCUUAACUGAACCCUCAUCAGAUCUGAAUUUAACAAAUGCUUAGUCUCAGCAGCCUCCGGGGGAAAAAAGCUUAGCCUAGCAGUCAGUGACUUACUUGCACUUUUUGCACAUAGAUAUAAAGUAAAAACUUGUUAUUAAUUUGGUUUAGCCUGUAAUAUUAUGAAGUAACAGUAAUUUAUAAAGGAGUGUAUAGUAGUAUACUGACUGCUAAGUGUACUAUACUGUUUGCUUUACUAAUCACCUAAUUCAUUGCAGUUCAUACUUAUUGACUCAGAGUUUAAAACCACAAUCUGUAGGCUUUAAGAAUUGCUUUUAAACCUUUUUAAGUGAUAAACUCUGGAAGUGGUCUUAAGGUUAGCAAAUAAUUGUCAGUAUGAAACGUGGCAUUAUUGACGUAGUUGUGCUGCAAGAAAGGCACUCCAGUGAAUAUGUGACUAGUAAAGCUUCAAUGUGUUUGCAUCUAACAGAGCUCAUGAAGUACUGUGACUUGGGGAUUGUGAGUGAACAGAUGAAAAUAGGUUAAGACCAAGGUGUUUGAAAUGAAUGCAAUAUAAAUAGAUGCAUAUAUACAUGACAUGUUAUGGUUAACUUUAAAACUACUGUGCCUUAACGUGUUUCCUAAAGCAAACUUUUGUAGUAAAUGAAAUUUGAAAUCCAUUUUGAUAAACCUGCUGUUAAUGUUUCUUCCCCUUGUGAAUGUUUUCUAACUUUGUCUUGGUAAUUGCAAUUUAACUAGGUGCGGUGGCUACUAAAGUUCGAAGGCACGAUAUGCGUGUCCAUCCUUACCAAAGGAUUGUGACCGCAGACCGAGGUUAGUUUAGUUCUGCAGUUCUUGUUUAUAAGAAAUGGGUUGGAUGUCCAUACAGUUUGCAACACCACACCUGAUGGAAAAAUGUAACUGCUUACCUGCCCCCUGUUUUCAUUUUCUAAAUUCAUUUGUAAUAAUUGACAGAUUUAAGGUUGGGCCUUUUGUUUUCUUUCUCCCUUCAUAUAUUUUAACUUAUUAAGUCUUCUAGUAUUAUGUACUAUGGAUUUAUUCCUACUAAAACAUAAAUUAGUCAAUUUCGGGAGCUAUUAAAUUUUUAUGUUGCCUUAGCUAUUUUUCAAUAACUUUUACUGAAAUUUACCUUUUAAUUGUUCUGAAAUUCUGGGUUGGUAUUGCAAAAUGAAUUGAACAGAUGGUGCUUUAAUGAGAGAAGUAAAGGAAUAUUUGCCUCCUGUGUACUUUUGGAGAAAACUGAAGAUUUAGUUUCCAUUUUUCUUUACAAUAAAAUAUUUGAGCCACUUUAUAAACAUGAGGAGGAUGUACAUGUCAAAUACUUCGCUAAAAUCAAAAGGACUGUGAAGAUAACUUUCAUGUAGUUGAAUAUUUUUCUUAAUUAGAAUACCAAUUCCCUUUUAUUCUUCCAUUCUCUUGCCAAAAUGGAUCCUUUGAUUUUUGUCAUUUGCUGCUAAAAUAUAUUAUCUGAAGGUAAACUAUCUCCUGAAGUUCUGUGGUAUAUAAGAUCCAACUGUUUAAAUAUCCUUUUUAACUCACCUGUGACUGGAAAAUAAGUCUUCAUUUUUCUCCUUUUCAACAUUUGUAGUUUGUGUCCUAUAUAUAUGUGUGUGUGUGUGUAUGUGUCCUUGGACCCUUAUAUACAUUAUUUAUGUUUAUUGAGGAGUGAUCUUUUCGGUUUAUUGACAUUGAAUUGUUUUCUAAGUUGUUUUUUUUUUUUUUAAACCACAAGAUAGGCAUCUGAAGCUUGGUAGAAAAGAACUUUUUCCCAUCUUCUAUGAUGGUACAUCUGCCAUCUACUAAUUAAAUUGAUCAAAGUCUCUGCUGUUAGUAGGGAAAAGAAGUGAUAUGUUACACUCCAAUUAUACACCUCUAUGACUAUGAAACACCUACCUACUUCACAUGAUUUAUAUUUGAAUAUUGAUUAUAAGUAUUGGACACAGCUGUUGUCCACAUCAGAAAUAAAAUGCCUUUCCAUUGUGAUAUUCAUUUAGCAUCAUGCAUCAUCAAAGAGCCUUCCAGACUUUUAACUAAUACAUACAUUACUUGUGGUGAACAUUCAGUGAAUGACCCUAAGCUCCAUGAUUAUCUAUGAAGAUUGUACUCCUUGCAAGUCAUGUAGAGAUGGAAAAUCUUGGUUUUUUUAAAAGUUAUUUAGAUUUGAAGAAACUAGAUAAUCCCAUGAAUAAUUUGAAGCUUUAUUCAUAUCGAUACUGUUUAAAUUAGUUCUACUGAAUACCCCAGCAUAGUUUUUCCACUGUUAAGUUUUUCCUGAAUGCCCCCUCUUAGGAGAUUUUUCAUUAUUUGGUUUUAACGCAAUAAUUAUUGGCUUACUUAAUACUCCGUGCCUUGAGAUAGUCGAAAAUAUUAAAGGAAGGUUUUAUCAUAUUUGGAAAAUGACAGCACAUUCCAUGCAUGGCUCUUUUUUAGUUAAAUGUGUUUUAAUUAAUUCUCAUUGUUUUUAUUCAAAAUGCAAUGUCAGCAAACCGAAAUGCUAAUUUUUUUUUAAAGUAACAGAAUACUUUAUACUUGCUAUCACUGUAUGCACUCAUUGGGUCUAAGGGUGAUGUCUAAAAUCCUUUACUUAAAUUAUUUUAUGAUACUACUGUUUUCUCUAUUUUUGAGGUUUUUUUUUUUUAAUUAUUUUUUAAAAAAGUCUUUUGAAGAGAUUAUUAUAACCAUUCACCUAAUACAAGGAAAAUCAGCCCUUGGAUAUGUAACCAUGUAAUUCUAAAUGAACAUUUAGAGUACUACAUGGUUGACAGAUUUCUAGUCUUUACUAAAAAUAAACCCACCUCUAGACGUGUGUCAAAACUGAAUUUGAAACCUAUAAAAGACCAACUGACUUUUUAGUUGUAAUUAACUAUAACCGGUUUUGCACAGUUGUCACUCCUGUGUGUACUGUAGGAGGCCAGGACUUGGCAGAGGAUAUAUUAUAGGUGUACUGGUAUAUAUAAAUGGUAGUUACUUUGUUUAUAUAUUCCACACUUAAAGACACCUAAUGAAAUGUUUUUCUGAGUAAUGAUUUUACAAAAACCAUUACUUACAUAAUUUGUAUAAAAAAUUUAAACAAUUUUAAUCAAAACUAAGUAAUAUCAAAAAUGCUUUAAGAUUCCAUAUUUUGGAAUACCUGUUAAAUAAUAAUGACUAUAAAUACUUACUUUCUCCUUUGAUUUUGAAAUAGCAGUUUUUAUUUUAAAUGAAAUUCCACUUUUUAAGAAAUUCAGGGAAGAUUUGGUCACAUUGAAGAUAUAAUAUUUUUGUAGUAUUUAUGAACUGUCCUAAAUGGUAGACUAUGGAAAGCAUUUUUGUCAUAAUGAAGGUAAAUCAGUCCAUUAUAUUACAUCAUUUAAACUCUGUGAGCAUUAUAUCUACUGAGUUUUGAUUUAUGAAGUGACACAGAAUCUGACUUUGCACUGAAUAACUUUUUGUUCACAUUUCCUCUGCCUUAAGUCACAAAUGGCAACAGUACAGAAAAUUCUAUCAAACCUCAGAAUAUAGUAGAAAUAAUUAAGCUGUUGAAUGAGUCUUAAAAAAAUCAUACUACUGUUAAGUGGACCAAGUUGGAUGAAGCAGAAUGUGACAGAUGUUGAUUAAGGAAGGAACAACUCAAGGACAUUGGGAAUGAUAACUUUUCCACUUGAGAACUACUUUAUGUUUUACUGUAAUUUUUAAAUUUUUUGUUACUUUGCAAAAGAAAAUAGUAUUUACAGGUGGCUUCUUUUAAAAUAUAAAAAUAUAAAGCAGGAAUGUAUAUGAAAUGUCAGAUUUUAUUGUAUUUGCAGAGUAUUAGCUUUGAAAUUGAAUAAAGAAAGCUGUUUGUAGUUUUAAAAUGCCUUAUUGGUAUCAAUUAGAAAUUUCUUCUAUUUUUUGAUGUACCUAGAGCUUUUUGAGUAUAGAAUUUUAAAUGGCAGGAUUUUACAGUGUUUACAUGCAAGUGCAUUUUAUAAGUGUUCUAUAUGUGUAAAAUAGUCUUUUCAACUGGAAAGUGUUGGCUGGUGCAGAAGGCCUGGCCUUUUUCUGGUUCCCAUGAUGUUGCCUACACUGCUAGACUACAGUUUAGUAUUGCUUUGUAUCAUGAGGCCAAGAAAUUCCAUGUUGUUUGUAAAUAGAAUAAUUGAAAAAGCAAUAAACAUUUAUUGAAUAAAAGAAA